AUGGGAGACAAGGCUGUUCCAACAUCUCUUCAACCAUUUUGGAAUCAUCCGGCUGGUCCUAAAACUGUCUUUUUCUGGGCUCCAACAUUCAAGUGGGGCCUCGUAAUUGCUGGAAUCGCAGAUUUAAGACGACCAGUGGAGAAGGUUAGCGUUUUUCAAAGCACAGCUUUGGCUUUAACGGGUCUUAUUUGGUCCCGUUAUUCUCUUGUCAUAAUACCAAAGAACUGGAACCUAUUCAGUGUAAACAUCUUCGUUGGUGGCACUGGAAUCUACCAGCUUCUCCGUGUAUUCCGAUAUCGAAUGAAGGAAAACAAACCUUUAGCUUAA